AUGGCACAGUAUCCCGAGCUAGCCGCUCAGGUCUAUUUUCCAACUCCAGCAGCGCCGUCGUCAGAUCCUUACCAUCAUUCUCAUCAUCAUCCCCACCUGGGUUCUUAUUCUGAUCAUCGUACACCGCCUUUACACGACGGAACUCCUCCGUCGGCAGGACAUUCUCUCAUAGACCAAAACGGACUAAGCUACACGAAUCUCGAUCAACAAAGGGCCGCAGCUGCCGCGGCCGCAGCCGCAGCGGCGGGCUACGCACGGAUCUCAACUCCGACGUACAACAACGGCUCCUCAUCGGGCUACAGUUCCCCGGGCGCAUCGCCUAGCCCAACACACCCCGCCGCUUCCAACUUCUACCGGGACUACAACACACAUUCCCCCAACGACGUUGGCGUCGUUUCUGGUGGCGGCGGGGGACGUACUGCAGCAGCAGCUGCUGCGGCCGCAGCGGCAGCAGCUGCAGAGAUGGCAGAUCAGAAACCGCCACUCGGCUUGUCACCUAAUCAUUCGGCGUAUCCAUAUUUGGAUAUUGGCGGACGGGCGGCGAGCAACGGGGCGAUGUGCCGUAAUUCGGCCUAUAUGGCCAUGGGGGGUUAUCCGGGGGUUGGAGGUGAAUACGACCUCAUGCGGAUGGAUCCACUCUACGGAGGCAUGAGUGACGCGAUGGCCGUAGGAAUGGGCGUAGGCGGAAUGUCGGGGGCGUCCUACCAGGGCGCGGUGGGUGCAGGAUCGAUCAACUCGACGAAAUGUGCGACGAACGCUGCACCGGUCCCCACGUACAAAUGGAUGCAAGUCAAGAGGAACGUUCCGAAACCCGCUCCCAAACCGAUGGAUUACUGCGGAGGCUUCGGCUCGACACCGGGCGUCGGCGGCGGAAACGUCGCUGGGGCGGGCGGUGCGGGCGCAGGCGGCGCGGGGUCCGGUGCGGGGACGGGCAGAACGAACUUCACGACCAAGCAGCUGACGGAACUUGAGAAAGAGUUCCAUUUCAACAAGUACCUGACCCGCGCGAGACGCAUUGAGAUCGCCACCGCCCUGACACUCAACGAAACUCAGGUGAAGAUUUGGUUCCAGAACCGGCGCAUGAGGCAGAAGAAGCGAAUGAAGGAAGGACUGAUCCAGCCCGGCGGCCAGCAAGCUCUCGGACUUGGUCAACAGGGCGGCCAGGACAUGCAGCCCGGUCAGACGGAUCUAUCGCUGAUGGGCUCACAUCACAUCUUGGCUCAGACCUCCCCUCAUCAAGGCAACCAUAAGCUAUCGCCUCCCUCGCCUCUGAAGGACAGCCAGUAA